UCAACGCGAGUGCUUGCAUGUGGGGGGUCAUAUAUGCAAUCCAUCAUCCACUCCGUUAUAUAUAAUGGAGGGAAAAUGGCCAUCUUUCUCACAUAGCCACACACUUCCGACCAAGAAACCAAAAAACAAUACCCUAUCCAACACCAACCUUUCUCUACACUCUAAAAACUGACAAAAAACCACAUUAACAACAGCAUGAAUCGAAAAUUUAUUGUUGUCUUCUUCGUACUGUGCCACUUGCAUUCUCUUCUCCUACCGCCGCCACUGCAGUGCAGCCGGAGCAGCCUCUUCGCCGCCGCCGCCGCCGCCGCCGGCGGCGGAAAGUGGGACCUACUGCAGCAAAACCUCGGCAUAGUCGCCAUGCAUAUGCAGCUGCUCCACAACGACAAGGUUGUUAUUUAUGACCGCACCGACUUCGGAGUCUCCAACAUUUCCCUUCCCGACGGGAAAUGCCGGUACGAUCCCAACGAUAAGGUGCUCGCCGUUGACUGCACCGCCCACUCCGUCGAAUACGACGUCGCUUCCAACUCCGUGCGUCCCCUCACGGUCAACACCGACGUGUGGUGCUCCUCCGGCGCCGUCACGCCCGACGGCGUUCUGGUCCAAACCGGCGGCUUCAACGACGGCGAUCAUGUCGUGCGAGUUUUCCGGCCUUGCAGUGAUAACAAAUGCGACUGGGAGGAAAUCCAGGGCGGUCUGAUCCAACGGCGGUGGUAUUCUACUAGCCAAAUCUUGCCGGAUGGACGGCAGAUCGUCGUCGGCGGCCGCCGCGCGUAUAGCUACGAGUUUUACCCCAAAACCGCCGCGAAUCAUGUGUAUAGUCUCCGGUUUUUAGUCGAAACUAACGACAAGAACGAGGAGAACAAUCUUUACCCGUUUGUUUUCCUCAAUGUCGACGGGAAUCUCUUCAUUUUCGCGAAUAAUCGAGCAAUCUUGUUCGAUUACACUAAGAACGCCGUCGUGAGGACUUAUCCGGUAAUGCCGGACGGCCAGCCGAGGUGCUACCCUAGCACGGGCUCCGCAGUUCUUCUCCCGCUGAAAAACCUGCAAUCUCCGGCGAUCUCGGCGGAAGUUCUGGUCUGCGGCGGCGCUCCGAGAGGCUCAUAUAUCAACGCCCAAAACGGGAAGUUUCUCCGCGCGCUAAACACUUGCGGGCGGAUGACGAUAACCGACCCGAACCCGAAAUGGGCAAUGGAGACCAUGCCGGAAGCUCGAUUAAUGGGGGACAUGGUGACUCUACCUAACGGCAACGUCCUCAUCAUCAACGGCGCGGCGGCGGGCUCCGCCGGUUGGGAAUUCGGUCGGAGCCCCGUUUUGAAUCCGGUUCUUUACCGACCCGAUAACCCCAUGGGCACCCGGUUCCAGCUCCAAAACCCGACUACAAUCCCUAGAGUGUACCACUCCACCGCGCUUCUAAUCCGAGACGGCCGGGUCCUCGUCGGCGGCAGCAACGCUCACGAGCUUUACAACUUCACCAACGUCUUAUUCCCGACGGAGCUACGCCUGGAAGCGUUCUCGCCGGCGUAUUUGGAUCCGGCAAUGGCAGCGACCCGCCCGACUAUCCUCUCACCCGCUUCACAUUCCCAAUUCGGGUAUGGAAAACGGGUUCCAGUUCGGUUCAAGGUGGCGGGACCCGUGAACAAAAAUUUGGUCACGGUAACACUCGUUGCACCCUCAUUUAAUACACAUUCAUUUUCUAUGAACCAAAGGCUUCUGGUGAUUGGUUCCGGGGCUGGGGGUGUGAAAUAUGUUGCUAAAAGUACGUAUCAGAUCGACGCAGUUACACCGGGUUCGGCCAUUUUAGCACCAUCCGGCUACUAUAUGCUAUUUGUGGUUCAUCAAGAAAUACCUAGUGAGGGCAUUUGGGUGCACAUUCCAUGAAAACAUAUGCAUGGAUAAAUAACCAAAUUCUUUUUGUUUUUAAUGAUUAAAUUCUUACACGAGAUUAGAAAAUUAAAUCCAAAAUGUAGUUAUUUUUAUGGUUGAUUGGAU